AUGGCCGAGCCGCAGGUGCCCGAGGUGCUCCAGGAGGUCACGGUCACCACCGAGCCCCCUGAAGGUGCCCCUGGGCCUGACCCCCUGGGGUUUGAUCCCCUGGGCCCUCUCCCGGACGAGGAGGAGGAGGAGGAGGAGGAGGAAGGUCUGACAACGACUGUCCCAGCGAGCCCGAGCCCCGCUCCGCCAGCGCCUCCCCGCGAGCCCCCGGCCCUGGUGGGACCCCCGACGCCCCCCGCCCUAAGCCCCCCGGGCGCCCCGGGAGCCCCCGAGCCCCGCACCCCUGCGAGCUGUGCGGGAAGUCCUUCAGCAGCGCCUCCUCCCUGCGCCGCCACCGCCGCGGCCACCGCGGGGCUCCCCGGGACCCCCUUCAGCUGCUACCGCUGCCGCGGCCCCUUCUGGAGCGGGGGGGCCCUGCGGGAGCACCUGCGGGGCGCGCCCUGCCCGCGCAGACCCCACAAGUGCCGCUCCUGCCCCAAGCGCUUCGCCUCGGCCCGCGCCCUCCGCAAGCACCGGCGGCUGCACCGCGACGGCGGCGGCGGCUUCGCCUGCGGGGACUGCGGGAAGAGCCUGUCGAGCCGCGCCAGCCUCGAGACCCACCGGCGGAUCCACACCGGGGAGCGGCCCUACCCCUGCCCCGACUGCGGCCGCGGCUUCAUGGGCUCCAAGUCGCUCAGCAAGCACCGCAAGAGCCGCCACGGCGCCGGCUUCACCUGCGCGACUGCGGUGUGCGGGGACUGCGGGAAGGGGUUCCGGGACGGGGCGUCCCUGCGGCGCCACCGGCGCGUCCACACCGGGGAGAGGCCCUUCGGGUGCCCCGAGUGCGGGAAGAGCUUCCGCUCCAGCUCCUCCCUCGUCAUCCACCGGCGCAUCCACACUCAGGAACUGAUGGAAUUUUUGGGUGCCCAGCUCGGGGAUUGA